AUGGGGACGGCGGAGCCCGACCUUUACCGGGACACGUGGGUCCGAUACCUGGGUUACGCCAAUGAGGUGGGCGAGUCCUUCCGCCCACUGGUGCCGGUGCCGGUGGUGUGGGCCAGCUAUGGCGUGGCCACUGCCUACGUGACCGCUGACGCCAUCGACAAGGGCCGGAAAGCUGCCGCCGCCCAUGCUCAGGACCCCGCCCAGGCCACGCGGGUUGGGGUGGCUGUGGUGGACACGUUCGUGUGGCAGAGCCUGGCCUCAGUGGCCAUCCCGGGCAUCACCAUCAACCGCCUCUGCGCUGCCUCGCUGGCCCUGCUGGGUGCCCUCACCCGCUGGCCGCUGCCCAUCCGCCGCUGGACCACCACCGCCCUGGGGCUGGCCACCAUCCCCCUCAUCAUCACCCCCAUCGACAGGACUGUGGAUUUCCUGAUGGACUCCAGCCUCCGCAAGCUCUACGCACCACCAGGAGAGCCCCCGGCCCCACACUGAGCCCCCACUCUGGGGACACUGAAGCACACUGCUGGUUUUGGGGUGCUGUGACCCAUCUACUGUGAAUCUUUGCUCAGGUGAAGGCCCCCUAGUGGCCACCCUUCCCCCCCUUGGCUGGUCCUA